AUGCCACAGUUGGAGGGCACUUCAAAGCCUGAACAUAUUGUGGAGUCAAUGUUGCAGACGAAUACAGUGGGCAUAAUCAAUCAGAUAACGGCAUUGGCCGAGCAUGCCAAUAAUAUUUUUGCAUCACUGGCCAAUGAGACAGCCUUGAUCACAGGCCGCCUCAACAGACUGAAUGAGCGUCUAGCGCCACUGACCCAGUCGCUGCCCCUGGUCGAGGCCUACCACCAGCGCACGCCCAUCGACACCAUGAACAACAGGGCCCGUGUGGAGUACCACAGCGACCCCGCGGAGAAGUGCCAGCUGUUCACGACCAGCUCGAUGCCCGACACCGUGACCAUGCUGUACAACGAGAAGUGUCGCCCGCCCCCCAACCUGUCGCAGCUGGACACGUACCAGGAGGACGGCACGCGCUGCCUCAAGCUGUACACCAACCCAGACUUUUUCGUGGACGAGUGGGUGGCCGAGAUGAAGAAGAAGAAUGAGGAGGCGCGCGAGCGUAAGCGUCUGCGCAAGGAAGAGCGUUUGAGGCGAAGAGGCGCCAAGGGCGAGGCUCCCGAGGUCAAGAGCGUGAAGCGUGUACAAAAGGUGCGCUACGAUCCAGAGACUGGCGCCAAGAUCACGGUCACCGUGGACGUGCCCAUCAACAGUAGGUCGGGAUCGUCGCCAAUUGUCCAGUCAUCAAACUCGGCUGGCGGUGCCUCUGGCAACUACUUGCCAUCGCACAACAACAGCGCCAGCUACUCCAUGCCCCCACCACCCCCUCAAGCAGGCGCGUCUUCGUCCACCCCUGGCCACACCACGCCUCCCCCACCAAUCAUGAACGCGCCGGCCAUGCCAUCGACGCGUCCACAAUCGACCUCCUAUAACUAUCCACCUCCACCUCCAUCGAACAACAGCUACAGCAACAUGGGCUACCAGACACCGCCACCACAACAACAGGUGCCACAGUCGCGUCAGUCGACCUACAACAUUCCACCACCCAUUUCCAACAACAAUCGCAUGGCGCCACCUCCACCCUCGUCGACGCCUGCGCCACCCCCUCCACCUCCUCCCAGCGCGCCAGCACCACCUCCUCCACCCCCUCCCCCUCCCAUGAUGGGCGGUGGCGGCGGCCUGGCGUCGGCUCUGGAGGCUGGCGGCUCCUCGCUGAGGCCCGCCGAGACCAAGCCCAAGACAGUGGACACUCGCUCCAACCUGUUGUCGGCCAUUGUCAGCGGCAUGAACUUGAGACCGGCCGAUGAGCGCAAGGUACCUGAGAAGCCCGUUGUCGAGGCACGUUCAGAACCAAUCAAUGUGGCCGAUAUCCUUGCAAGAAGAAUUGCCUGGGCACACUCUGACUCUGAAGAUGAUGAUGACUCUGAUGACGAUUCCGAAUGGGACUAA